GACUAAGGUAACUUGGAAGUAGAAAAUCAGCGGGAACGAGCUACGUAUGGACGAGUCGUAAACAACAAAUUUAAUCCACAAUCAUCUUGUAAUAUGGCUGAUUCCAAGGAGGAGCAUGAUGAAGUGGAGAGUCCAGAAAUUCACUUUGAACCACUGGUACAGCUGGAGAAAGUAGAGGUUAAAUCUAUGGAAGAGGAUGAAGAUGAAAUAUUUAAAAUUCGAGCCAAACUGUUUCGAUUUGAUAGCACAGUGGAACCCCCAGAGUGGAAAGAACGAGGAACAGGAGAUGUCAAGUUUCUCAAACACCGAGAAACUGGUCUUGUACGAAUAUUGAUGAGACGAGACAAAACUCUCAAAGUGUGUGCCAACCAUUAUUUGUCUCCACACAUGCAGUUAAAGCCGAACUGUGGGAGUGAUCGGGCAUGGGUUUGGAGUACCCCUUGUGACUAUGCAGAUGAGGAACCAAAACCAGAGUUAUUGGCAAUACGAUUAGCAAAUGCAGAAAAUGCUCAGAAAUUUAAGUCCAGUUUUGAGGAAAGUCAGGCUAUAAAUGAAAAAAUUGGAAAAUCAAAUGCUGCACCAGAGAGUGAACAGAAGAAAUCCACUUCAAGUGACCAGAAAGAAUCGGCUUCAAAUGACAAACCAGAAAGUAAAGACAGUGAAACUGACUCUGUGGCUGAAAAACUUGGAGAAUUGAGUGUAAAAUCAGAGAAAGUAUCUGAAGACAAUGCAAAACCUGAAUGUGAUCAAACUAGUAGUAACUGUGUUGAAAAACCACAAGAGACGGUGACUAAUGAAAAGGAGGCAGAGUCUUAGCGUUCUGGAUCUGUCAAAAGUGACCAAAGCAUUGGCUUUAGAAUUUCGUUUCGCCAAAUUUCUCAUGAUGUGAAUAAUUGGCAUCAAAAGUUUUGGUAUAAAGGAUGCACAGUUGCACAUAUACCUAAACUGUCGCAGAAACAUCAAACGGCAAAGAGGAAAUGGCAUUUGGAUAUGUAUCCCAAUGGUGUCCAUCCCUCAAUUAUAAUUGAAGUAAAUGUUUCAAGUUGUCGUAACAUUAAUUUAUUUUAAUGCUUUGAAUGUUUCUGUACUAAUUCACAUGGGAAAUGUGCACCAAAUGCACAUGUUGGUGUGAGAUUGUUAACAGGAAAUGAAUAAACUGGUGCAAUGGUCUGGUUACACCAGUAUAAAAUUCGAAAGUUGUACAUCUUUUUUAAUUUCCUGAAAUUCUUAAAUCAACUUGAAAGGAAGAAACUUGCAGUGUUUUUUAAGGGGAAACUGAUGACAUUUUGUAGGCAUGCAUUGUGAUUUGUAGCGAGUGUCCAUUGUAUUGGGCAAAUACAUUAUUUAAAAAGGAAUGCUUGAAAAGUAGUGAAAAUAAUCAAGUUGUGAAUUCUGAAGAAAGAUGCAAAAUCAUUUAAGCCUUUCUUCACAACUGGUAGAAAAUUUUAUUUAUCUGCCUAAGUUUUAAAACUUCUGCCAUCUGAUCUAUAGGACUGUUGAGAUCACUCAUUCAACACGUAAAUCGGUAACAUUAUUCUGUAUUUCAGGCAACUUACAUGCAAUAUGUAAAUAACAUCAGUGAUGCAUGUAUUUUUUUUAGCAGAUAAACGUUUUGAACCCUCCUAUAUAGCACUGAUGAUUUGAAAAGUCAUUGGAAGAGAUGGCUUUUGUAUUGCCUUGGAUGGCACUGAUCAUGUUAAAAGUCCUGCUUAUCAUGAUGAAGCAGAGACCAGAGUACAACCGUUUUUGUAGGGUGUUUUGUAUGAAGUCUUUCAAAUCAAGGUUGAAGCAUUACAUUGUAUAUUGAAAGAACGUAAAAUAUGAAUUACUAA